UUCACCUAAACAAACUUUGAUUCGAGAAGGGUUUUUGAUCCUCUUUUGCGCCAAUGACAAAGGUUUUCCCAAAUGCUAGUUUCACCGUCGGUGAUGCCAUCUCCGAGAAGCCACAGCAGCUGAAGCCGCUACCGUCGACACAAACAGGGGAGGAGGCGAUUUUAACCGUCUGGAAAAAGUCGUUGCUUUUCAACUGUUACGGUUUCACGGUGUUCGAUUCCAAAGGUGAUCUGGUUUUCAGGGUCGAUAAUUACAUGGAAGGCAAGAAAGGUAAAAUCCUUCUCAUGGAUGCCAAUGGCAACCCUCUCCUCAGCAUCCGUCGCAAGAAAAUGAGCCUCGGAGAUAACUGGGUUGUUUACGAGGGAGAAACCACGGUGAAUCCACGAUUCUCCGUCAAGAAAUCGAUAAACAUCAUGAACAACAAGUGUUUGGCUUACGUUAACGAUGGAAGUAACAACAUCGUGUAUGAUAUUGAAGGCUCGUAUUCACAGCGGAGCUGCGCCGUGCAUGAUGAUAAGAGGAGGCUAGUAGCGGAGAUCAAGCAGAAAGAAGGUGUCGGCGGAGUCGCCUUGGGAACCGAUGUCUUCCGCCUUAUUGUUCGGCCGGACUACAUCGGAAUGGACUGCGCCAUGGCUCUACUUAUCCUUCUUGAUCAAAUGUUCGGGUCUCAGAAACGAUGAACGCUCGUUUCAUCGUCAAAAACAUAUUUGGUUUAAUUGAUCUCGGGGCUUGGUUUUUUCGUUUUAGAUAAAAUACCCAAGCACCCAAUGGGGAUGCACAUACAUCCAACAUAUAAAAUAAUAAAAUUUUUCCUUC